CAGAGAUUUCAUUGACCUGCAGUGCAGCCUGGGUGAUUCCAAGGAGCAGCUUAAGCUGAGAGUGACCAAGACAGAAGGGAAGCCAAGAGGGACUCAGCCAUGACCAGGAAGAUCUUCACAAACACCAGGGAGCGAUGGAGGCAGCAGAAUGUCAACAGUGCAUUUGCCAAGCUACGGAAGCUCAUCCCCACUCAUCCUCCAGACAAAAAGUUAAGCAAGAAUGAAACACUUCGCUUGGCAAUGAGGUAUAUCAACUUCUUGGUCAAGGUCUUAGGGGAGCAAAGUCUACAGCAAGCAGGAGUAGUGGCUCAGGGAAACAUUCUGAAACUCUUCCCUCAAGAGCCCCACCUGCCGGACACAAAUCUGCUGGGUGACUACCAGGUUCCCUCACCUGGCCCCAGUCACCACAUUCCCUAGUGUGGCUCUGGAAGUCAUUUCUCAGAGCAGCACUUGUUCAGUUGUCGCUGAUGGUCCAGAGUCAACUUGAAUAAUUCCUGAGGUAUGAAUUGAAACUUCACAGGAGGUGGUUCAGUGGCAGCUGCAGAGAGC